GAAAGAUUUCAAAAUGUCACGUGGAAAUCACGCUGAGUGAACACAAACAAGAGUGCCUUAGCUCAUCCAUAACAGCGGCGAAAUAAUUUGAAGAAGUACAUAACAGCGGCGAAAUAAUUUGAAGAAGAACGCGAAGUUUCAUCCCCUCAGUUAAAAGGAAUAUUCCAGGCAAAAAUGAGACAGUAAUAGAAAGGAAAUGCCCUUGCUACGAAGAAAAACUACACAGUAAAAAUCUCCAUUUCAGAUUACGACGUUUGUUUCCAUAGAAAUAGCCCAAAGUUGCAGAUCAAUAUCGGAGACCUGCAAGACAAUUAUGGAGCAUUUCAGGCAAAAUGGGACAGUAGUAGAGAGGAGGUUUCCCCAACUAAGAAGAAAAACCACUCAGUAAAGGUCUCCAUCUCGGUCUACGAGGGUUGUUUCCAUAGAAACAGUUCAAGUCAAUUCUCACAGCCCUUCACAGUUAAGAAACAAAAAGUAACUGCAGACAUGGAAAAUAUUAACUACAGCAGUAUCAUCUGGGAACUACGUGAGCGGCUCACAAAAGAAGUGGAUCCACACUCGGUAGUGACUUAUUUGGUUAAUUGCAAAGUGAUGACCUCAUCUGAUAAACAACGCAUUGAACAAAUCCGUCCACCAUCAAAAAGAACGAGUACAUUGUUGGAAAUAAUAGCCAUGAAAGGACGAAGGGCAUAUGAAAAUUUUGUAAAAGCAUUGGAGGAAGAUGAGUGCUUUGUCGCCUAUUAUCUUGUACGAAAAGAAAUGGAAGGAUUAAAGAAAGAAGCGACUCGUGCAAGUGAAAAGAUGGCGACGUUGCAAGAUGAAAUUGAUCAGUUAAGAAAAGAUUUAGGGAAGGAGCAGCAAGAGCACCAAAAAACUCGGCAGGAACUUGAAGAAAUAGAAAUUCUCACACAAGAACUAGAAAAACAGAUAGGAAAACUGGAAGAUGUCAUGUACACCACUUCUGAGGAGGGAAGGGCUGCACAGUGUUUGGAAGAAACUGCAAAAGAAAAUGAUCAUCAACAAAAAGUCGUCACUUCGAAACAUAUCCAAGCAAUCGUUGAUCACGUAGAGGAACCUUUAACGAUGGACUUGGGUGCUUGCCUGGAACUUCCAACACCAGUGUUUAUGAAUAUUGAAGAACAGGAUGAUUUAAGCCGCAAGAAGAUUUGGAAAGUGCUCAUCAAGUGGAAACAAAGAAAAGGAAAGGGGGCUACACUGGGUAUUCUAGUAGAUGUCCUCUACAAACUAAAACAGACAGAGGCUGUUGAUAAACUGUUAGGAAUGGAAGGAUUGGAGAAAGAAGCAACUCGUGUACGUUCACAGAGCGCGAUGUUGAGAGAUGAACGUGAUCAGUUAAGAACGAAUCUAGAGGAGGAGCGACAAAAGCAUGCAAUAACUAGGCAGGAACUUAAAACCUGUGAAGCGAAAUUAGAGCAGUUACUUAUACCUUCUAAAGGAAAUGAGGAGUCAAAAACUACGAAACGGAAAGAAGAGAAAGCUCAAUCUAAAGUACAACAAGCGAAUAUAGAAAAAGGAAAUGAGGAGUUCGAAUCUGGUAAAAACAAAGGAGCGAAAGCUGUGACAAACGCUCAACAAAAGUUGACUUUAACAGGAAAACACAGAACCUGCCAGGAUUUAGAGACGUGCCAGCAAGAUUUGCGUGGAAAGUUGAAGCCACCAAAAACCCUCCGCCCAAUUUAUUAUGACCACAGGACUGUCGUAAAGGCCAAGGAAAUAAUUUUCCCUGGGAGUGGCAGGGAAAAAGAUGCUCCUACUUUUAAGACCCCCCUUCCUGCUCUUCCUGAGGUUGGGAAAGGAAACAUUGGAAAGAAAAAACCGUCCUCAAAGAUCCUUUCGGAAGAAGAAGAAGAAAACACGGCUAAAAACAUGGACUUAAAAGAAAGCAAAGGAAAGCAACAGGAUAGUAAGGGGUAUUAAAGCAAAUAAGUGGAGUGUGAUCAAAGGUUUCAAUCAAUGUAAAUCACCGUUGCUUGUCGACAAAAGUUAAAAAUUAUAUAUUCACCGAAUUGGAGGUGAGUAGUAGUUGCUAUUCACUCCCAAACUAGCCAAUCAGCGUGCACGAUAAGCACCAUUCACAUUUGUGUUAUAUUAGAAUUAAAAAUAGCCUAAGAGUAUUAGGAAAUCAGCUUGUCACUAGUAAGAAAGUAUCCAUAGCUCGGCGCCAAUUGGGCUUUAUGAGCUCGAAGUUCGCGUCGUAUGGAAUUGGAUGCGGAAUGCUAAUGAGAAAAAAAUGGGCGAGUGAACGCAGAAAAACUCAAAAUGAUGAUACAAAUGUCAAAGGUCAAAGAUUGGGCAGAGGACAAGCCACGUUUGAAUGGCUACAUAACGCUUGCUGGUUGAAUAGCGGAGGUUUUUUCUCGCGCAUCUUAACAUCGUCCUCAAUUCAGUUUCUGCUCGUGAAUACUGGCUGUGUAGUUUUUCCAAUUGUAUUGCUCAAAAUCUCGUGGGUGUCUUCUAACAGUGUCGGUUGAGUUUUGUUCUUUAAACAGUAAUACGAUUCUAGUACUGUUAAGACGGCUGUUAGUGUGGUUUUUGCUUUCAGUAGUAUUUGUCACUUUGGUCAGAAACUGUGAAUUGAUAGAGUCAACAGGAUGUGUAGGGUACUUUAGUCUGAAGAAGAGAUCUUUCAAACGUGCGCAUUCUUUGGAGAAGUAUUCCCAAGAGGAAGAUAGGUAGUAAGUUCUGUUAAAGAUUGUUCUUGUAAGAGCUAUUUUAUACCGAAAGUCCAUGUGACUUUGAUAGCGUAGGAGAAGGCUUGAGUUCGUUGGUUUUACUUAGACUUUUGUUCUUCAAACUCUCCAUUCUUCAAUAAUUCCAUGCCAAGAAAAGGCAGUGAGUUGUUUUUUGACAUUUCUAUGGUGAAGUGGAUUGAAGAGGAUAUUCAACGUUCAGAAAAAAUGCCGCCCUUUUACAGACAAUACGUCCAUGAUACGUCAACGACUACUCUCAACGAGUCCUCAGCCAAUUCUUUUCUGGAAACCCUCAACACCAGUCAGCCGUCUAUUCAGCUUAUUCCGAAUUUUCAGUGAUCACGGAAGCUACUACUGUCAAUAGUUCAGAUAUAAUAUCGUAAAUGCAUGCAAUUUUAUCAUAUAUUCCUGUUUUAAAAUUAAUUUUCCGGAUUGUACACCUCUGUUA